AUGAUCACAGUACUCACGACCCGAGCAAAAAGAAGGGGAAACAGGGUUGAACACAGGUUUUUCAGUGUUUUGGGCUUAGCUUCGGGCGUAGUUCCUAUGUCCAUUUCCUCCAUUGGUCGAGAAGGCUGUUCAUCCAUUCGAGGUGUAAACACUCCCCUUCCAAUCACUUCCCUUAGUUGUCGAUUCUCUUCCCUUAGUUGUCGAUACUCUUCAUUACGUUGUCGAUUCUCUUCCCUUAGUUGUCUAAACCUUUCUACCAUUUGUUGUGGAGUAAUUCCUUCCAAUUGGAGUGGAUUCAAUUCUCUCUCAAGUUGGCUAAGCCAUUCUACCGCUUGUUGCGGAGUCAUUCCUUCCAGUUGGAGUGGAUUCAGCUCUCCCACUUCUUGUGGAGGUGUCAGUUCGUGCAUUGUUGGUGUUGACAUGAUCACAAAUGAAGUCAAGUACAAAUGCGAAUUUUGCAACCGCUUUAUGAGCCGCGACCAGAUUACGGACCGAUCACGUGAUGAUAUCCUUCACCGUGGGUGUAGUGUUGUGUGA